AUGAAGUCCCUCAAGAACCUGAUCAAUGCCCAAUCUCGUCAGCACCUUGGUCGCGACAGUGUGACUGAUGACUUGAUCAUUUACAUGGCAUUGAAUGAACUACCCUCUCAGUUUUAUGCCAAUCAGGGCAAGCGUCAUGACACCGGAAAGGCGUUUUCCAAGGCAACUCCAAAGAGCCGCAAGUGUUUCUACUGUGAAGGCAAAUACAACGUCAACGGCGUGGACCACAUGAAGUGGGAUUGCCCUAAGCGUCAGGAUGACUUUCGGCGGGGCUGGGCGCGAAGUUCGAUUUUUGAAGAACCGCGGCGAAUCGAAGAUGCGGUGCCCAAGGGUCGUGAUGUUCGCACCGAAGUGGCCUGCGGCGCCGUCGUGAUGCGUGAAGAAGUGGCAUUACCUGCUUCGCCUCCAAGCCGUCAAGAAUUUGACCUGCCGGACAUGUCUAUGGACGACAUGUUUUCGUGCCCUGAUGACAGCGAUAUGCUGUCCUACUCUCCCGCUUUGGCUGUGGCCACGACGUCCACUCCUCGUGUCGAGACGAUGGCGGCAUCCAUGCGUGACCAGGAAUUGCAGCAUGUGGGCAGAUGUGACGACAAGCUCUUGUCGGCGUUGGUUCUUCAUUCACCGGUGUUCUUCUUUCGUGCCUUGGAGCCUUUGAAGUCGAACAGCUUGGACUCUUCUUGGACCCAGAGUCGCAUGUUCACUCGGGGUACCCAAGACGUUGAGCUGCCACUCGCACAGAAGUUGCCUUGGCAGCGGCAAUGGCUUGCAACUUCUGUGCAACGGAAGACCUGA